AUGGCUUCACGAUCCUCAACCGCCGUGUACGAGUCCAACUCGUCACGACUAGACGCAAAUCCAUCGACCAGCCUCAAGUCGAGACAGAACCCGAAAGACUCUAUGAAGUCGACCUGGCGACGCGCCGAUAAAAGCAACUGGACAUUGUCGCACUGGUUCUUCGAGAUCUUGGGCAUUCACCACGUCACCCUGGAUAAAGAGGUGCCUGUGCAUCAGAAGCGAGAUAAAGUUCCAUAUACACCUGAGUGGCAGCUGCACCGUUGGGUGUUGGUGCAUUCACUCAUUCCUAUGGCUUUACAUCAUGCCUAUGUUUUAUACACUGGGCAGAACCUUACGCCCCUUCAAGCGUUUCUCUUCUACAGUCUUGCCUUCAAGGUUACCGCUGUGCAUCAACUACAUGCUCUUCGUCGAGUAGGACACCAGACGGGCUUUUUGGAUGGUGAUGUCCACGAGAGAGAUGGAGUUCCUGAUGUUGGCGUCACCAAAGUCGUCAAGAGCCUCAUCGCCACGUCUAGCUUCCGCCCAAUCUUUACCGUCUUCCUCAGCUACCGCACCGCUCAAGCUCCUUCGUCCAUCAGCUUGGUCUGGCUUCCACUCGAAAUUGGUCUCUACGGAAUCGUGCUUGACUUUUGGUUCUACUGGUACCAUAGACUCAUGCACGAGGUCGGCAGUCUCUGGAAAUACCAUCGCACUCAUCACCUGACCAAGCACCCUAACCCGCUCCUAACGCUCUACGCCGAUUUCGAACAGGAGAUCUUCGACAUCGCCGUCAUCCCGCUCGCGACGUACUUCUCCCUCAAGUUCAUGGGUCUGCCCAUGGGCUUCUACGAGUGGUGGAUCUGCCACCAGUAUAUCAUGUUUACUGAGCUGGGUGGCCACAGCGGUCUGCGUGUCUAUACAUCACCGCCUGGCACGCUUAGCUGGUUGCUUCGUCUGCUUGAUGCCGAGCUUGUGAUUGAGGAUCAUGAUCUUCACCACCGAAAGGGCUGGAAGGCAAGCGGCAACUAUGGCAAGCAGACUCGUCUGUGGGAUAAAAUGUUUGGUACUUGCAUUGACAGGAUAGAGUUGAAGGACUCCAACAUGGACUGGGAAACAACUGUUGACCUUCCGCUCUUUUGGCCACAGAGCCCGAGCUCUCAGCUGGAGCAAGACUCUGCUGAACAACAACCAUCGCUCGGCAACACCACGGAAGAGCAGCCAAACAUUCGUCAGCAGAGAAUAACACAGCCACCAUUUUGGCUCAGUAAAUACGCACUGCUCAUAUUUGCCAUCGUCUUCGCAAUCCUCGCAGCCUCACUCAUCGCCCUCAAAUGCGUUUCCGAUUCUAAAGACGGCUUCCCUCUCAAUUUCUCCUCCAGCGAGUAUUCCUGGACGGCGCUUCUGCUGGAUUAUGUGUCACCGCUCCAGGUCCAGAGCGUAUACCGGGCCUUCAAGUUUGGUCACUACCGUGUUUCCGCGACAAUCAUCUCAUUCUUCCUGCUCAAGGGUAUCAUCCUUGUUUCUACUACCUUAUUCGUGGUUCAACAUCCUUCGCAUGCUACGCCAGUGGAUAUCACAUACGAGAAUACCUUCGACGCUGCUAGUGCUCGGGCCUCAUUCCAUUCAUUUGGCAGGAUCGAUGAGAGCAGUAUCUCCAUAGGAGUCGGGGAAGGCGGGUGGUACCAUGGCGGCUCGGACAAGCCUGUCUAUGCGUAUGUGUCUCGUCUCAGAGGCGAUGUUGUGCGUGAUUAUGCCUGGAACGCAAAAGGUGGAAUCGUAACCCAGAGGUUCGAAUCAACAGCACCAUCGCUCAACCUUACGUCGCUCACAGCACCGGUCGACUUGUUUCUCCCGAUCGUUGACUGCGAAGAUGCAACGUUGACCAUGGAUCCUCCAACUUCUCGAGGCUCAUACUACAUGUGGAAGUCUUCGACGUGCUCAACAGGAAAGAACAGUAGUUUUAUAUGUCCUGACUUUAGGCCUUAUAGAAAGAAUGGCAGCAGGUGCGCUAGCCAACCCUGGGCAUAUACGCUUCACCGCGUAAAUUGUUCAGAGGUCAGGCAGACUACAGAUAUACGAUACGCCAUCACAGUCGCGCACCACAACAUUUCCUCCACGGCCACGAAUGUUACAGAAGCUGUCAAACUCAACAAUCAAUCUGCCGUUGUUUGCAAGCUUGGCUACAAAGUAGUUUCGGUCACUGCAACUCAGGACAUGCUCUCGCGCAAUGUGACUCUGGCCCCAGCUGCCGACCACGGAGAAGGAAGACAGUUACGCAACUUGACAGAACUUUCACUGUCCGAAAUGCUUAUGACAGAUCUGGACGUGGCGUCUUCGACUCUUGUCUACAAUGAGAAUGUCCCCCGCCUAACUAUCGAAUCUACCAAGUUGGGUUACAGUUGGACUGCCAGCGAAGCACUAUUCCAGCUGAUGGCUAUCAAGUUGGGAGGCGAGUUCCGACCUGACAUUCUUUCCGUACAGUCAACUCUGAGGAAGAUGUCAGUGGAGAUUCUUGAAGGACUACUUAAUGAGAUUGCUCGUCAGUCACUGCUUGUGGACAAAGCUACAAACAGUACAGGUGGUGGUCUCGUCAGCAGUCCACGGCUACAGAUGAGUAAUGUGGCAUUUUGGCUCAUGGUUUCAGGCUUUUCAGUCUUGUCCGUGCUCUGUUUGCUUUUAAUGUUUGCAUCUUCUACGCGCUGCUGGGUGUCUGCGAUGGGUGGCUCUGUUGCCGGUCAUGCUGCCGUAUUAACCAACAAUCCUUCACUGCAGAGGAUUCUCGAAAGAUCGGGUGAACUGGGCGAAAGGAGCUUGACUGAGAGGAUAGGAGAUGUGAAGUUCGCCAUGACCCGCGCCAGUAGUGAUGUUCGGAUACAUAUAACGGAGAAGAACAGUCCUCCAGAUGACCGAGAACGUCUAACUACCAAGGCCAAGCCCUGGACACCUAUAGCUGGGUCCCUGUAUUUCGCGACGGCCACUAUCGCCAUCCCCUUACUUGCUAUCGGCGCACUUGAGCUCCUUCAACAACUAUCUAACCAAAGACAAGGCCUUUUCGACGUCAACAAAACAGACUCCUCCACCAUUUCAAUUACACGAAUGGCCACCACAGCGGUUUUCUUUCUCAUAUCGACAAUGGUCAGUACUCUUGACUUUAUCAUAGCGACCUUUGCACCGUAUAGUGUUCUUCGAUCUGGAAGCGCGCCUGCUGAAACAAGUAUUCUGUUUCACUUGCUUUCCGUGUCGCCGUUCCUCAUAGUAUUCAAAUCGCUGCGAGCCCGUCAGCUAGGACCGGCUUCUUCCAAUAUUUCAUCGCUCCUGGGCAGCCUUCUCACAAUCGUCUCAUCGGGUCUCUGGACAUUCAAAGGGCCUGUGAAUGUUGAGAGAUCGGCGACAGCAAUGGUGGGGAAUUGGCGUUCAUCAUGGCCUGCCCUCAGCCAGGAUGACUCGGGUGCCGCAAAGACACUGAACCUCAUUCGGCAUGGCGGUGCAAACUCCUCAGUUGCAAUUUGGCAAGAUGUGGUGCUGCCGAGUACAAGCAUUGCAUUUCCUGAUGCUUCUAAGCUAGACACUGGCAUUCAAUCUUCCAGCUACACUUAUAGCGUCGGGGCGUUGCGGCCCUCCCUGAACUGUACUGUGGUCCCGACAGAGCAUCUAGUCAUGAAUCCGUGGGUCAGGACGUACACCUACGCCCUCGAUGGAGAUCAGAUCGGGCACACACAUUUAAAAGUCAUAUGGGCCAACUUCACUGCUCCGGUCGGCUGCAAAGGCCAUGAUGUCAACGGGGAGUCUUAUGUAUCAUUCAACACGAGUGUAGAGAUUGCGGAUAGAGAAGGAAAAUCCUAUCACGAUAGGUGGAUUGGUAGUUACUUGGAUCUCAACCUAACCGUUACUGACCCCAAUGCUGAUUGUCCCUCUGUCGGCAUAUUUUUUGGAAAUAUGGGAGGCAAUGAUACUUCGGUAUGGAACAUGACAGCCUUGACCUGCACUCAGGGCAUCGAGCAGAUUCCUACCAACGUCACGUUCAAGGGCAACCCAGCUCUUGGGGUGAUCGACGAGAAGCAUCCUCCACUGCUAGCUCGAAAGCAAGCUUGGAAAUGGAUAAACAGCACCUCAGGUUCAUCGGCGCUUAACUACAAGCUUAAAAGCUUUCUCGAUGACCACCUGAAACUCUACCCGACUCACAACAUGACCGAGCUAAAGUCGGACUGUGAUCCAUUCUUCAAUCACUUAAUCUAUGGUCCCCAGGCAGUGAAGAAAGAGGAACUUCUCGGGCCUGGGAAUGUCAGCAAUUUGAUCGAUGCAGUCAAGAAGGGUUACGGCGAGUACAUGAGAUACGUCAUUGAUCUCAACUUCCGAGCCGACCAAAAGACCCCCCAUGACGAGCUUGUCAGCGCUUUAGCCUCUCCGUCUUCAGAUAAGGAGCCAGUGUCACUCAACACGGAGAUAAAAGGAACAAUGCGCCAAGUAAUCACCCGCUUUGCCAUAAACUCAACUUCCAAAACCAUUCUCCAAGUUCUACUAGCUGUCAUAGCCGUUCUGAGCCUCGCAAGCUAUCUUCUUGUCAAGAUUCGCGGUACACUUCCACGCGAUCCUUGCAGUAUCGCCAGCACGAUGGCAUUCCUGGCUGGAUCUCAGCUGUGCGAUCGAGAUUCGGGCAUUAUACCAAGAGGAGCUGAGUACAUGACUGAUGCACAGCUGAAGAAGGCUUUUGAUGGCUGGGUGUUUAGUCUUGGGUGGUGGCAGAAAGGAGAGGCUUCGGUGGAAUCAGAAGAGCGGAGUGAUGAUGCGAGAACAUCAGGGGAUACAGAUUCUCCAAACGCGGCGCGGGAAGUUCAAAGGACUGUUGGGAGAUUUGGGAUCGAUGUUGGGCGCGCGAGUGUUUCCAAGUUCUAA